AUGGAUAAAGCCGUGCAAAUCGCGCUCGAUAUUGCCCGUGUGAUUGAACAUAUCCAUGCCUAUGAAUUUGUACAUCAAGAUGUCAAACCACGUAACAUUCUACUUGACAAUGAUGAACAGGUCUUUCUCCCUGAUUUUGGUACAUGUCAACAUGGUACUGGGAAUGUAACCGUGAUUGGAUCGCGCCCAUGCGCUCCAGAACUGACUACAGAUCAUCCGUUCUCCUACGAUGGAGCAGCACUUGAUGUCUUCUCAUUAGGUACACUCAUGUACGCAGUUGCACCUAAACAAACAUAUCUAGAACCAAUGCAGCCGAUCACACAGGCUGAUCUGAACAGUCUUGAUCAAACUGUUGUUCUGGAUAGCUUUCAGCAACUAAUACUUCAAUGUGUUGAUUUUGAUCCUAAGCAACGUCCGACAGCAUCACAAGUUGUUCAGAAACUGAAAGAAAUUGCUGAUCAAGUGGCUAAUGGACGACCAUGUCUCGUAUGCUUGGAUCAGCCGCGUUAUCGGCGAUGCCUUCCUUGUGGUCAUAAGAUCAUGUGUAACACGUGCCUUGACCAAAUGCAAAAAUCAAAUCCAAUGCCCCGAUGUAUUCUUUGCAGACAAAUAUUCACGAGUACGCAGGAAGAUCACGAUGGACAUACUUAUGCAACGACCAUUCGAACAAACCAAACAUCAUGA